AUGUCGUGGGACGGCUGUGCGGCAAUCGCCCUUCGGGCGGAUGAUGUCGUAAAGAUAUGCCGAGUCAACCCAGCGGACGGAGCGGCAGAGUUGGAUGGCGCGCAAAUCAUUGGCAACGUUUCCUCCCACGCGAUUUGGAACAGUGACUCAACUAUAUUUGCAGUUAACCAAAACGAAAGGGUGCGAGUCUAUAAAAUUUUUCCUGAAUCCGGUUCUAUAAGCGAGAUUGAGCUCGAAGAUAAAGACGUUCGUAAUUGGACCAUCAAAUGGAUUGGUAUAUCUCCCAAAGGCACCUUUCUGGUUGUGUGCUACGAGCUACCCCCAAACAACGAUGGCCCUAACCUCUACGUUUGGAAUGUUAACACGCGCGAUCUGGUGUACUGCGGCAGGCAUCCGAACUUGGAGAGCAACCAUUUCGUUUGGCGCGACGACGAGAAGUACCGUAGUGUGUUGUUGAACGGUCAUGUGUUCUUUUACGAGGGUAUGAGUAGCAAGGAGUUCUUUUCGUGUGCAAUUCAGUCGCAGGAGGCGACGGUGCAGUUUGCGCCGGAGCACGUGUGCGGUCAGGACCUGUUGACGUUUGUGUUUCGUCCGGCAGACGCUAAGGUGCCUGGCGUGCUCAAUAUGGUAUUCAAAAGAAAUGCCGAGACAGAUUGCAAAAUAGUUCGCUGCGAGGUUCCCAACGUAGACGGAUUGGAAUGCACCUUUUCGCCGUCAGGUCGACACGUUUUGUUGCUCACUUCAGCCCAGAUCGACUCGCUGGGCGAAAACUACGGAAGCAUCGGAGACUUGUGGCUAACCUGUUGUCAAAAUCUGAUCCACGGCAUUUGCACCGGUGACUGGCAGAACACCACCGCCACAGCAGGAACCGACUCAUGUCGACGGGCAACCCUCCAAAACGUGCCCGAGAAGGCCGGUACCUUAGAUAAGGCCGGUACCUUAGAUAAGGCCGGUACCUUAGAUAAGGCCGGUACCUUAGAUAAGGCCGGUAUCUUAGAUAAGGCAGGUACCUUAGAUAAGGCAGGUACCUUGGAUGACAAGGCUGGUCCCCCGGAAAAAACUGGUUUGUCGCCGGAGUCUACACCCGUCAAGACCACCUCAGCGGGUACGGAGCCGCCAGGCGCCGUAGUCCUGGCCGACCUCGUGACCAAAGUCAACAAGAAGAUGGUCCAGGACGCGGCCUGGUCACCGACGGCCGAAGAGUUCGUUGUGAUCGAGGGUAAGAGCCCUAGUGAGUGCUAUUUGAAGUCGGCUGACGGAAGGGCUUCCACAGAAAUCACGCGCGGCUACAAGAACACCAUCCGCUGGGCCCCUGGCGGCGACAUGCUCGCCCUCGGCGGCUUCGGCAAUCUCGCCGGCGACCUGGCCUUCUACUGGCGCACACGGCCGGCCUCGCAACUCACAGCCGCCACGAUGAGCGGGACUGCUUUUCAGGUGGGAACUGUCUCGCCCGACGAGGCUAUUGCUACUGCUCGUUCGGACGCCCUGGCCGCGCCGUUUGAGUUGGUGCAUGAGUGGCGUGUGGCAUGUACGGUGCGUUGCGAGUGGAGUCCGUGCGGUCGGUACUUCUUCACGGCGAGUUUGUGGCCACGGAUGCGCGUGGACAACGCUGUGCGUGUGUGGAGGCGUGACGGCGCGUUGUUGGUGGAGCACGGCGCAGAGGCGUUGCAUGACGUGCAGUGGUUGGCGGCGUUCCCACCCGGACAGGUCCCGGCGUUGCCGAGGCCGACGCGUGCGGCUCAAGCCGCGCAGACAGGAGUCUUCCGGCCGCGGAAUCAGAGCGGUAGUUCCGAUCUUGCGCUCAUCCAGAAGUACAUGAGCGGCCUGCUCCGUCUCGAGGAACUCCCUGAAGAGGUGCAGGCGCGCCUCAAGUCUCAACGCACCCGAGGCAAGGGCAACUCUAAAACACCCGACCAACUCAAGUCCUCCUGGCGCAACCGCCAGGAGCCACCCAGUAACCCGUCCGGCGCCAAUACUGAGUCCGAGGCCACGCCCUCCGAGCCUUCCGCUGCCCGCAAGAAUGCAAAAAAGAAACGAGAUCUCGCCGACGAAACUAACAGAAAGCAGACUGACCGACUCAGCGACCGACGCAACGAACCAGAUGCCCGGAACGCAACCGCACAAUCCAAACGACUAGCGAACGCCCGAACAGCAGCAGACAGUUCCGAGUCCAUGCCCGGACCGAGCGACCUAGGCCAGGACGCAGCGGUCCCCUGUCUGGAUGCAGCUGUCGUUGGCCGUAAUGGAGCAGCGGCUCUGGGCCGAGAAGGAGCUGCGAUUUUGGGCCGCGGAGCAGCGGUCUUGGGCCGAGAUGGGGUCUUGAGUCGAGACGGACCGAUCGUGAGUCGAGAUGGAGCGGUCUUGGGCCGAGAUGGAGCGGUCUUGGGCCGAGAUGGAGCGGUCUUGGGCCGAGAUGGAGCGGUGUUGGGCCGCGACAUGGUGGGUCGAGACGCGACGGGCAUGAGCGGGAUGGGUCUGGAGGUAUUGGGGCGGUCACCAGCGGCUGCGGCGGAAGCGUAUCCGCGGCUACCAGACGCGACGGAGCGGAGUGGGCGACCGGUGGGUCAAGUGGAAGACAAGAUCUUGUCUUUGUUGCAGCAGGUGUUGCCUGCUAGUGCCACUGUGCACAUUGAGAACCGGAAUUAUAUGGGGCCUCGGGGCGAGGGAGCGCAGGGCCGCGCAGUUGGACGGUUGGAUACGCGCGGUUACGGGGAAGGGCGGUCGGCUCAGGACGUCUACCGUAUGCGGCCGCCACCGCCUCCGCCGCGAGAGGAGAAGUGGCUGUACGUCGAUCCCGGUGGCCAGAUCCAGGGCCCCUUCAGUCGCAAACAGAUGAAGGUCUGGUGGGAUCGAGGUUACUUCCCGCACACGCUCCGUGUCAAACAGGAACGCGACUACGACUUCCAACCCCUCACUGCCCACUUCCCCAACGUGGCCAAGGCCUUCAGCGACUGA